CAGCCAAGAACAUUCCUCAAUUGAGGUGUUUGAAAUUAGCAUUGGGAGAAAAAUUGAUUAUAGAAAACACGGUUUCUUCUGAUUCUAAAGGGGUUAUUACACGAAGCAAAUAUUUGCCUAAAAUGCAGCAAAUAGUAAGCCAAAUAUUUGCUUAUACGUGUGAUGAUCAAAUAUUUGCUGAAAAAUAUUUGAUAUUGUGUUUGCCAAAUAAAAAUUAUGGCAAAUACUUUCUUCGUGUAAUGCAGUUUUUUGGCUAUUGGCUCCACCACGGAGCAAAUAUUUGAUCGAUCAUCUUCUUUGCUCAUACCGAAACUCGGUAUGAACAAAUAUGCAAUAUUUUUAGACGUGGCCACGUGAUCAGUUGUGUUGAGAAAUUCGACGAAGAUCAACGUAGUUCUGUUUGUAUAGCGAUUGGAGGAUUUUUCAGCACGAAAAAUGACAGACGAAAGUUUACUGGACAAUUUCGAUUCCAACGAUGAAGAAGUUGAUAAAACCUUUGAUGAUAAUUCACAAUCACAAUCGAAUUGGGUCCCUGUUAUCGAAAAGAAAAAAAAACACACAUUCAAAAAAACGACAAGUUAAACCUAAAGUGAGUAUGGAAUGGACAGACGACGACGUUUUUAAAUUAAUUACAUGCGUGGAAUCAGUGCCAAUGCUAUGGUAUGCAAAGGAUAGGAAAUAUUGCAACAAAGUGGAGCGAGUCGCGGCAUGGCAACAUAUGUCAGAGGUCGACUUCAAUUCUAAGUUUACCGACGCCGAUCUCAUCGCGAAAUGGUCCAACAUCAGAAUUCAGUAUCGAAGUUAUUUCGCUAAGUCUCGAAAAACCAAAUUCUGCCAAGGCGCACAAGAAGAAGUAAAAUGGAAAUUCUACCAAGUAAUGAACUUUAUUGGCCGUGCUGAAGAAGAGCAAACUACUGACACCAUCUCAAAUUUGGCGACAGAGGAUGAAAUAUUGACUGACUCUAAGAUUGACAGAAGCUCGACCCCAAAAUGUACGAAACGUAGACGAAUGUCGCAAUCGUCUUCGAUAAUUGCAUCUUCCACAUCAUCAGCAACUAUUGUCGCAGAAGGGAUGAAGGGUUGA